GGCAGCAGCAGCAGCUCCGUCGGGGCCAUGAAGGUGAAGAAGGGCAGCGGCGCAGCGGCCAACGGGGCAGCCGGAGCCACCGCCGGGCUGGGCAGCGACGAGGAGGCCCUGCGGAAGGCGCCCAUCAGCCCCGACGACGUCCUGGCCCUGGGCAAGAUCACCGCAGAUUACCUGUGCACUCCGGACGAGAACGUGUACAAGAUCGACUUCACCCGGUUUAAGAUCCGGGAUAUGGAAUCCGGCACGGUGCUUUUUGAGAUCACUAAGCCCCCGGCCUCAGAACGAGAGCGCAGCGAAAAGAAGGAGGGCGACCCCAACGCCGGGCGGUUUGUGCGCUACCAGUUCACCCCAGCGUUCCUGCGGCUGCGGCAGGUGGGAGCCACCGUGGAGUUCACCGUGGGGGAGAAGCCCAUCAGCAACUUCCGCAUGAUCGAGAGGCACUAUUUCCGGGACCGGCUGCUGAAGAGCUUCGACUUCCAGUUCGGCUUCUGCAUCCCGACCAGCAAGAACACCUGCGAGCACAUCUACGAGUUCCCCCAGCUCUCCGAGGACCUCAUCCAGGAGAUGAUCCUCCACCCCUACGAGACCCAGUCGGACAGUUUCUACUUUGUGGACAACAAGCUUGUGAUGCACAACAAGGCCGACUACUCCUACAGUGGGGGGCCCUGA